GCUGAUAAGCGAAAAGUUUAAGGGUACUCGUGCCAAAAACCCCAAAUUAUUAAUAGUAUUAUUUUAUGAUUGAGUUGAGGUUCAAUUGAAGGUCUCCAGCAUCCCUAUUAUUCAUCGUCUUCUCUGUCUAAUAAUUUCGCCAACAAUCACUUCUUGCUGCCUAAACCCAUAAACACUGCUUCCUCUUUACAAAAAAUCUUAUUAUUAUUUUUCUUAUAAAGAAACCCUAAGUUCUCUCUCUCCCGCCACUCCUGUUGGGCCCUCUGGCCAACCCACUUCGCCGGUUCUCUACCAUUCAUCGCUAUCAGAUUGUCGAUACCAUGGAUGCAAACUUACAGUCUUCGUCCCCAGACAAUUCCGAUGUAAAAACAGCGUUUCGCAAGCCUACCACGGAUGCUACCAACAGAAAGUAUAGGCGUCAUUCUCCAGUUAGCAGAUCUUCCUCCGAUGGGAGUCCUAAACAUGACUGUAGCGCUAGCCCAAAAUAUUAUGGGGAAGAUCCUGGAAGAGUCCAUGAAAAUCGAUCAAGAAGGAAGGACGAUGGGAGGGAAGUAGACAGAGACUCAGAGAAGAGUUACUAUGGUAGAGGUAGUGAUACCUAUAGACAUUCUGAUAGACAGUUCUCCAGGAGUUCCCAUGGAUACUCUAGGCAUGAUGAUUACAGCAGACAUGACAGACACGCAGAUGAGGAAGAAAGAAAUCAUCAUAGGCAAUCUUCUCAUUCUGGUCGGGAUUCAAGAGGUGGCACUCAUUUUGACCAUAAUAGAUCAAGAGAUAAUUUUCGGAAUAGUGAGAAAAGUUUUCGAGAUAAACAUGAUUCUUAUAAGAGCUUGGACAAGGCUGAAUCUGGUAGAAGGCAUGCAUAUCCUGAAGAUACUAGAAGGGGGAAGCGUAAAAUGGAAAAGGACGGGCAAGAUGAUAAAAAAGAUUUCCUUAGGAGUUCAGGAGAUUAUAGAGGUGAUCGGAUGCAACAAAAUGAAGACUUUAAGGGGCAUCAAAGUGAUUCAUCUUUCAGAAGAGAUGAUGGUAAACAUCAUGGUAAAGAAAGUCACAAGAGUGAGCUGAAAGAGAGUGAUGGUCGGAUCCUCACCAAAGAAGGAAGAAAAAGAACUGAUGGCAUGGAUGCUAACAGGAGCAAGUAUCGGGGCAUUCGAGAAACAGCAGAACAGUUUGUAGAAAAAUCUGUUAUCGAUAGUGAAAAUCAAGAAUCUCCCUCAAAAAGACACAGGUUUAGCUUGGAGAAGGACAAUGAUACUGUGAAAAACGUUUCAAAGUUCACAACUGUAGCCGAUGUAAAGGAGUCUAGUUCCAAGCAACCCGAAGAUGGCAAAAUGAGAGCACAGGCUAGUUUCUUAGACAUAACUAGUGAUAUAAAUGCUGCAAAAGUUGCUGCUAUGAAAGCUGCUGAAUUGGUGAAUAAGAACCUUGUUGGAGGGAUAGGAACAGGAUUCAUGACUACUGACCAAAAGAAAAAGCUCCUCUGGGGAAACAAGAAGGCUACAAAGGCAGAGGAAUCUGGUCACCGCUGGGAUACUGCUCUUUUUACUGACAGAGAACGGCAAGAGAAAUUUAAUAAACUCAUGGGUGUGAAGGGUGAACCGAAAGCCGAUCACAAACCAGAAAACCAAGGAGGUGGCGACCUCCAAUCGGAGAAGCAAAAGGAACUCCAGAUGGAUUUAGAGAGGCAGUACACUGCUGGGCUGCGCAGGAGAGACGGGCGUACUGUUGGACUAGGCCUUUAAGCAUCUGCUUCAGUACACUUAGGUGCCUUGACUGCCAACCCUAAGCAACAUUGUCACCGUCCUCAAUCUCGACUAGAUCUACCUCCACGUUGGUGCCCUUUGUCCCCAACCCCGAUCAGAUCCAACUCCGUAGCCAUAGAAGUUGAGUGAAGCUUUAGUUGAAGCUUUACGAUUUUGCAGCCAUGGAAGUCAAGUGAAGCCAUUACAGCUUCAGCUGAAGCUCUGCAGUCAUUGAAGCUCAGAUCCACCAUCAACCCCUCACCGAGAUCUGCUAGUCGAACCCCCCGGCCUCUCCUUUGCCAAGCCCAGAUUUGCCCACGGCAAGCUUCCCGUCACACCAAUUUCGGCCACGUGAAGAGCCCAGAUUCAUCCCUGUUGCACCAUAAUUUUUCGUUGUCUGCCCAAGAGGUCACCAAAUCCGAGUUGCCCAGUCGGAGGUCGCCAGAUCCGUUCGUCCAUGAGGAGGAGAACCAACUUCGGAGUUCGCUAACUUCAGAGGAGAACCAAAUGAGUGGAAGGGAAGAGCUAGUGGAGGGCUGUUCUAGGUUGGGGUGGUUGGCGGGGAGAGGAUGAGGAUGAUCGGGAAGGAGAGAGAGAGAGAGUGGGAGGAGAGAGAAGUGUAUAUUGAAUUUUGACUUUUUUAAUAAUUCAAAUGCUCUUUUUAUUAAAUUUUAAAUUUUAA